CUUUGCGAAUUCUGCAGUUAACCAUAUAUUAGAGUACUUAAUUUGUUGUUGUUGUUUGUUUAUAGGUUUUUCAGCAGUAUGAAUUUAUCGCUAAUUUUUUCAAGCGCACUGUUCUUUAGUUUAUGCUUUCAUUUCAACUGUUUUAGACAUCUGUGCUUGUAGCGGACGCUGUACUAAGUGUUAGGUGUGUGACCUUAUUGGUUUCGUAGCCCUUUUCCCAUUGUUGGCUUUUCUCUUUGAGAACUUGGGUGUUUUCGGCUUUCCGCCAAUGAAAGUCACGAAAAUGUACUGAGAUUUGCGUACUGUCGCUUUUGUGCUAUUGUACACUUUGUCACCUUUGCUUACAUCCAGCGCACAUGCAACGAAAUCAAAAGCAUCUUCGAAAAUGUUGACCUGGGUGCUUUUACCGAAUGAAUUCACAGUCUCCCUGCCCGGACCUUCCAAGGAAGACGAACCUGAUCGUUCGGCACUAACAGAAAUCUUCAAUCGACAACGACUGCGAAGUAGUCGCAUUAUCCCUUGCGGAGCAACCUUUGUGCCUUGGCAUGGACAGCUGAGAUCGUUCGAUUUGGAAGUUCUUUCAGCCCCAGUCGGAUGGUGGAAUUCCUUCGGCGGAUGGCAGUGUAGCUACAUGACACCUCUCCCAAAUGGAUCAGUAAUACCGAUCCAAACGUGCAACUGGGUUCGUCUACUAUCUUUGACGCACGAUAAAGCAGAAGCCAAUCUGAUUUUGGUUACAAACUAUCCUACAACUUUUCAAGUCGUCAAUGAAAUACCGUCUAAUCAGCCCAUAUGUUGCUUUGUCGAUAACGAUAUGCCCAUACUAAAACGGUUACUGGAACAAGCUCCAAUGCAUGAUUUGCAAACCUAUCCACUACCUUUUCUUUCGUCUCCAUGCCUUCAAGGUGCAUCCAUUUUUAGUCACUUCUCACCACCGCAUGGACUAAAGUCCGUGACCUAUGCGGGAUCAGCCCGACCAGAGUCACUUGAUAUCCAUCCAAGUGUGACCUCGACAAUCACAGAUAUUCUGCCGGAAGACAAACCACGGAAAAAUUUGUCAUGUUCAUAUUGCAGUAAAACGUUCGAUCGACCUUCGCUUUUGCAAAGGCACGAGCGAAUCCACACCGGAGAGAAGCCGUUCAAAUGCGAUUCUGCCGAUUGCACCAAAUCGUUUAGCACGUCCAGUUCUUUGAAUACGCACAGGUAACAAGUUGGAUUGACAGUGCAGUAUCCGUACUACGAAUUCGGCAUUUCGAUAAUUUUUUUUAUUUUGCUUUGCGAAACAGGCGCAUUCAUACAGGAGAGAAGCCACACGAAUGCAAGCAAUGUCGGAAAAGAUUUGCCGCCAGUUCCAAUUUGUAUUAUCACAGAAUGACGCAUACAUCCGUAAGUGGCCAUUUCAGUCACUGCUGUGGCUAAUGAUGUCGUUUGGCGGUCACCGGCUCGUGGAAGCCAUCAACGGAAAGGUCAUUC